CCGCUUGCCAACGUAUUUAUAACUCUGAAACAUUUACAUACAACCUUAGAAAAUGGUCUCGACACAAUCAACCCCGAAUAUUUUCCUCUAAUAUAUUUAAAAUCUUGUAUACUCGGUGAUUGACAAGAAAUAUUCAGAGCCCAUUUUCUGAAUCACCCUUUGCUCCAAUCUUGAUCAAGCCCUAACUUAAGAGAAAAAUGGAUGAUAGUUGUGCUGUCUGUGCUGAGACACUUGAGUGGACUGCCUAUGGACAAUGUGGACAUCGUGAGGUCUGCUCUACUUGUGUUGCUCGGCUUAGAUUUAUAUGUGAUGAUCAGAACUGUUGCAUCUGCAAGUCCAACCUUGAUACUGUCUUUGUGACCAAGGCACAAGGGGAUUAUACAAGUAUGAUCAGGGACUUCUCAGUUUUUCCUUCUGAGCCUAAAGAAGGUAAAGCUGGCUCAUAUUGGUAUCAUGAAGGCACACAUGCAUUUUUUGAUGAUCCUGAUCAGUACAAGACGGUCAAAGCUAUGUGUAAACUUUCAUGCAUCAUUUGCGACAAGGUGCAUCAACAAGGAAAUGGAAAUACCAAAAGAUAUGGGAAUUUUAAAAAUAUUGACCAAUUAAAGGAUCACUUAUCAUGUCACCAUAAGCUGGUCAUGUGCAAUCUCUGUCUAGAAGGCAGAAAGAUAUUUAUAUGUGAACAAAAGUUGUAUACUAAAGAGCAACUAAAUCAGCAUAUAAACACUGGUGACUCAGAGGUCGAUGGCAGUGAAGCUGAAAGAGGUGGUUUCAUGGGACAUCCCAUGUGUGAGUUCUGCAGAAACCCGUUCUAUGGGGAGAAUGAGCUGUAUACACAUAUGUCUACGGAACAUUAUACCUGUCAUAUAUGUCAAAGGCAGCAUCCGGGACAUUUUGAGUACUACAGGAACUAUGAUGAGUUGGAGAUCCAUUUUCGUGGUGACCACAUGCUUUGUGAAGAUGAAGGCUGCCUAGCAAAAAAGUUCAUUGUAUUUGCAACCGAGUCUGAAAUGAAGAGACAUAAUGCCAUGGAGCAUGGAGGACGCAUGUCUAGGUCCAAGCGUAAUGCUGUGUUGCAGAUCCCAACAAGUUUCAGAUAUGAAAGAAAUACUGAACAAGAUCGUCAUCGAAGAGGACGCAGUUUCCAUCCGGAUCAUUUUGACAUUGAACUUUCUAGAGCAGUUCAAGCCAGCCUUGAGCCAACUAAUGCCAAUAUCCAUCAUGCUAGCUCAUCUGGUUUCGAAGUUUUAUCCAGUAUUGGAGCAGCAGCAGAAAAUGAUUCUAAAUUCAGGCCACUUGAAUUACUAUCUUCUAGCAGAGAGUUUGAGCCAUCAUCAAGUCACCAUCAUCAACAGGGACGGAAUGCCAGGAACGUCCCCCUAGAAGAGUCAUCUUUUCCUCCACUUCCCGUGUCUACUAAAAAUAAUCAGCAAAACUUGAGAAGCAAAGGGAAAGGGUCAGGGAAGAAUACUAUGGCUGCUCGCCUUCGUCGCCAUAACAAUGUGGCUGUCCUCCAUUCUGCUCAAGCUGGGACGCGAGUAAAUCUUCACCCCACAGCAUCAUCGAGCAGUGGUUCAAAGUCAAGGCUGACAACAAUUUCAGGACAUAAGUCUUCCUUUGCUUCUUCCAGUUCCUCCCUUGGUAAGCCUGCCUCUGAAAGUAUACUUGUGCGACAUGAUAAUGCAAUCCCUGGAAACAGGACUCUAGCGGAUUAUGUGAGUGUAUCAGCAGGUUCUGACCGGUCAUCAAGUACUGUUAGUGGCUCAAGAAAGGUUAACCACUCUGCCUCUGAACCGAAUCUUUUAGCAAAAGGUUCCUAUUCUUCUAAUGCUGAUUUUCCACCUGUUUCCCUAACAAAGACAAAAGAUUCAGCCGCUAGUAACCAACUGUUGGUUAAGGUGGAAGAAACUAAAGCUGCUAACAAGUCUCUAGUUCAAAGAAUUCGAGCUGGUUUACUAUUUGACGAGGACCGAUACACUAUUUUCAAAAUUAUAUCCGGAGAAUAUCGACAGGGUGUGAUAAAUACAGGUGAAUAUGUUGCAUACGUGCAUCAGUUUGGCUUGUCACAUCUUCUCUCUGAACUAGCUAAACUUUGUCCUGACGCUCAGAAGCAAAAGGAGCUACUUGAGGCUUCUAAGAUCAAUUUAGUGAGCAGCAGCUCUUCAGAAACUAGUGCAGAUAUGGUCAACCGUCAGUUAAAAGAACAUAAGACUUCCAGGAAAGGAAAGGAGAAGCUUGUGGGAGUUGAGACAAGCAUUAACCCAGGCGUGGCUGACAACUUGAUAAGCAGUGCAAAGGUUUUGCAUUCAGGUCACAGACCACCUGAAGAAGGCAUAGAAAUCUUAGAAAAAGAUGGUUAUCGUUCAAUGAAAGGGAAGUCUAAGGUGUCAGUGGCUGAUGGAGUAACUAACUCAGGCUCUUCUAUCAUGGUCCCAGUUGAAAACACUCUCCUGAAUGACUACACGUCAAGUAGCAGCUCAAAAAAGAUUGGGGAAGGGAACAAGCCUCGCAAGAAAACCUCUAAGUUUCACAGGGUUCGCCUUGGCGAGGAUUCCCCUGCAGCACUUCUAGGUCUGGGUCAUUCCGAAUCUACUCCUGAUCUGUCCCAACAAAAACCAUCUCAAAGUAAUGAGCGUUCAAGAAAGUUGGCAGUUGGUGGGGUCUGGCAGAAUGGAGGCGGCAAGAAACUAGUGGCGAUUUUAAGAUAACAGAGGGAAUAUGAUCGUAUUGACAGUCAAGUGGCUGUUUGUAACUUAAUUGCCAUCAGUGUUUUAGCUAAUACUUUUAAGUUAGGCCUGCUAAUAUCAAAUCCUUUUGCGGCAUCACUGCCCUGUGACUGUGAUCAAAAAAUACCCAAGUCUGGAUUUGCAAGACUAAAAAUUUAGUAAAUUGGGUUUAUUAGAGACCAGGGACAAACGUUUUGGUACAAUAUGCAUGCCUUGUCGUAUACUUGGUAAUACAGUGAAUAUUUUGUUUUAA